GCUCCCUCUAAGGUUUGCUCCAGUGACAGUGAAUCCAACAACUCCUGCAGCAGUGGUCGAGCACUAGUCUGAAGACAUGCGGGUGGCAGUGAUUGGAGCCGGAGUCAUCGGCCUCUCAACAGCUCAGAGCAUCUACGAGAAGUAUCACUCCAUUGUCAGCCCGCUGACCAUCGAGGUGUAUGCAGACCGUUUCACUCCGCUGACCACGAGUGAUGGAGCUGCUGGCUUCUGGCAACCGUAUCUCUACGAUAAGGGCAACGUCCAGGAGACAAAAUGGAAUAAAGAGACAUUUGACUACUUGCUGAGCUUCCUCAGUUCACCAGAGUCUGUACAAAUGGGUAUAUUCCUUCAGUCUGGCUACAACCUCUGCAGUGAACAAGCCCCAGAUCCCUCGUUUAAAGACAUCGUCCUGGGCUUCAGACAGCUCACAGAGCGAGAACUGCAGCUGUUCCCAGGAUACACUUAUGGAUGGUUCAACACUGCUCUCAUGGUGGAGGGGAAAACAUACUUACCUUGGCUGAUGGAGUGGUUGCAAAAAAGGGGUGUGAAAUUUUAUCAGAGGACAAUCAAAUCUUUCAAGGAGCUGGCAGAAACUGGGGCAGACGUGAUAAUAAACUGCACUGGGAUGAGAUCUGGACAGCUCCAGCCUGAUCCUGAGCUCAAACCAGGCCGCGGUCAAAUAGUGAAGGUGGACGCCCCAUGGCUCAAACAUUGGAUUCUUACCCACAAUUUUUCAACAGGAUUUUACAAUUCACCAUACAUCAUUCCAGGGAGUCGUCUCGUGACAGUCGGCGGGAUUUGCCAAAUUGGAAACUGGAAUGAACAGAACACUUCUUUUGACCACAAGAAAAUCUGGGAAGAGGCUUGUCAGCUCGAGCCAAGUCUCAAGCAUGCCAGGAUAGUGGAGGAUUGGACUGGCCUCAGGCCAGUUCGUAGCAAAGUCCGGCUGGAGAGGGAGGCCAUAAUGUCUGGUGCAACAACAAUAGAGGUGAUACACAACUAUGGCCAUGGAGGUUUUGGACUCACCAUUCACAGAGGCUGUGCCGAGGAGGCAGCGAGACUCUUCGGUCAGAUCGUGGAGCAAAAAGGCAAAGGUCCAAAAGCUCGCUUGUAAAUUUGUGUCUUAUGAUUGAUGCUCUUUUUUUUUUUUAUGUCAUAUCUUUGUCAAAUCAAAAACAACAACAUGAAUCCACUGCUCAUUUUGAAAUAUUAUUUACUGUCAUAUCAUACACAUUUACAUCCAGUGCAUU